UUGUGGAACGAUUUGUGGACCUGGAACAUGUCAAAAAGCAUCAGGGAAAAAUACUAAAAUUUCACGUGUAAAUACUUUGCGAAAAAAGACGUGAAUCCCGUGAAAUUGUGCAAAAAUGAAGACCAGAUUCAAUACAUAUGAUAUUGUGUGCAUUGUCACGGAGCUGCAGAAGCUCAUCGGGAUGAGGGUGAAUCAAAUCUACGACAUUGACAACAGGACUUACCUCAUCCGACUGCAGCGGACGGAGGAGAAGGUGGUGCUUCUGCUGGAGUCCGGCAACAGACUCCACACGACAGCCUUCGAGUGGCCCAAGAAUGUGGCUCCGUCCGGAUUCACCAUGAAGCUGAGGAAACAUCUGAAGAACAAACGCCUCGAGAGCCUGACUCAAGUGGGCUGCGACCGAAUUGUGAAUCUGCAGUUCGGGACAGGAGAGGCAGCUUACCACGUAAUCCUCGAGCUCUACGACCGCGGUAAUGUGCUGCUUUGCGACUACGAAAUGACCAUCCUCAAUGUGCUGCGGCCUCACGCCGAAGGCGAGGAGGUGCGAUUUGUUGUCCGGGAAAAGUACCCUCUCCAGAGAGCCAAACAGAACACAGGGCCAAUCAGUGAGGCGGCUAUCCGGGAGGGAAUAGAGAACGCCCAGGCGGGCACUGCGCUCAGGAAUGUUCUAAAUCCCCUUCUCAACUGUGGCCCGUCCGUGAUCGACCACGUGCUGCUCAAGAGGGAUCUUCUGGCGUGCAAGGUUCGCGGAAAGAAGGCCGAGGAAGGCGAACAACCGGCAGAGACGGGAAAGAAGCGGAAGCAGAAGCAGAAAGAUACUGCGAAGUACGGAAGCAAGGAAUUUUCACUAGAUAGCGAUAUGACGAAUUUAAUGGAGGCUGUCGUGGAGGCUCAGGAGAUGAUGGAGAAGGCCUCCAGUGCGCCCUCGAAGGGCUUUGUCAUCCAGAAAGAAGAAAAGCGACCCACGCAGAGUGGAGAGGAAGAAUCCUUCUUCGUCAACGUCGAGUAUCAUCCUUUUCCGUUCCAGCAAUUCAAUGAUCGUCCAUGCAAAGAGUUUGAGUCUUUCGAUGCGUCUGUGGAUGAGUUUCACUCCACGCUCGAGGGCCAGAAGAUUGAUCUGAAGGCCAUGCAACAGGAGCGAGACGCCAUGAAGAAGCUCACCAACGUGCGCACAGAUCACGCGAAGAGACUAGAAGAGCUCACAAAGAAUCAAUUGGUAGACAGGGACAGGGCGGAGCUCAUCACUCGCAAUCAGGAGCUCGUGGACAAGGCCAUCUAUGUCAUCCAGUCAGCACUGGCGAAUCAAUUAGCCUGGCCGGAGAUCCAGGAAAUGGUUAAGACUGCUCAAGCCGAACAAAAUCCAGUGGCGCUUAUAAUUAAACAGCUGAAAUUGGAGGUGAACAGCAUCUCACUGCAACUCUCGGAUCCGUAUUCCAAUCUCGAGGAGGACUCUGAUGAGGAAGAUAACGACGAUGAAGACAGAGAAAGGCUGGAACCAAUGGUCGUGGAUGUCGAUUUGUGUCUCUCAGCCUUCGCCAAUGCCCGGAAAUACUACGAUCAGAAGAGGAUCGCCGCUCGGAAGGAGCAAAAGACUAUCGAGUCAUCGGGAAAAGCCUUGAAAUCCGCCGAGAGACGCACACAUCAGACUCUGAAGGAGGUGAAGACAAUGACCAACAUUUCUAAGGCGCGCAAAGUUUACUGGUUCGAGAAGUUCUACUGGUUUAUCAGCUCGGAGAACUAUCUGGUCAUCGGUGGACGUGAUCAGCAGCAGAACGAGAUGAUUGUGAAGCGAUACAUGCGGCCAACGGACAUUUACGUUCACGCUGAGAUUCAGGGUGCUUCGAGUGUGGUGAUCAGGAAUCCCAGUGGCAAUGAAGUUCCUCCCAAGACACUCCUGGAAGCGGGCACAAUGGCGAUCUCGUACAGCGUCGCGUGGGAUGCCAAAGUGGUGACGAGCGCUUACUGGGUGAAGAGCGAUCAGGUGAGCAAGACAGCACCGACGGGAGAAUAUCUGGGCACGGGAAGCUUCAUGAUACGCGGCAAGAAGAACUUCCUGCCGCCUUGCCAACUGGUGCUGGGCAUGAGUUUCAUGUUCCGCUUGGAGGAUAGCUCAGUGGAGAGGCACAGAGGGGAGCGCAGAGUGCGUCAAUUUGGCGAGGAUGACGAUGGAUCGCUGAGUCGUCAAACGUCCGUGGACACGGAGAAGUUGUCAACUGUGUCGGAGGAAGUGGAGAUUGAUCUGGAGAAGGAUGACGAUGAAAAUGGGAAGUCUUCUUCGGAUUCCGAUGAUGAGUCUGGUGUGAAAUAUCCUGAUACUCAUGUAAAGAUUGACCACGACACCGGCAGAGUGACUCUCAAGUCGGACGCGCUGAUGGAGCGUCUCACGUCGAUUGAGGAGAAGCCGGAGAACACUAUCUAUCUCGGUGAUGACAAGCCCUACAUCAUUCCGGCCGAUCCGAGGCCGUCGAAGAAGAAGCAGCAGAAGAAGAAAGGCAAAGAGCCAAUAAUUGAGGAGCAGCCGGAGAGCAAGACGCAGUCUGAUGAGGAGGACAGCAGAGGCGAUGGCAAACUGGGUCAAAUGAAGCGUGGCCAGAAGGGGAAACUGAAGAAGAUGAAGAAGUACAAGGAUCAGGAUGAGGACGAGCGCAAGCAGCGGAUGGAAAUUCUCAAGUCUGACGGUCGCGGAGCCAAGGAGAAGAAGAAGAAGGCACAAGAGGAGGAACUGAAGAAGUUCAACAGACGCAACGUGGCGGCGAGGAAGCCUCGAGAGCCAGUGGAAGGUGAAGAAUUGGAUGAAACUCCAGCAGCAGCCGAUGUGGACAUGCUGGACUUCCUCACAGGUGCUCCAGUGGAGGAGGAUGAGCUCUUGUUCGCCGUUCCGGUGAUUGCACCGUAUCAAACUCUGCACAAUUACAAAUUCAAGGUGAAAUUGACUCCAGGAACCGGAAGACGCGGCAAAGCGUCAAAGAUGGCUGUAAUGAUCUUCCAGAAGGACAAGAACUGCACCAAUAGAGAAAAGGACUUGCUCAGGAGUGUGAAGGAAGAGAUGAUAGCCCGGAAUAUUCCUGGAAAAGUGAAACUCUCGGCGCCGCAGCUGCAGAAGUUUAAGAAAUAAGCCUCACUGUCGGUCACGCAAGUUAAUUUUGCCCUCAAAUGAUGUACUUUGGUUGAAUUAUAUUUCUUCAUUAUUUGCCUAUCA